GUGCGUGAAAGAGGAAGUCAAAUCGGUGCUUGGGCAAGCCAACAGAGUAAACGGCUCUGGUCAAAUGAUCAGCCAGGUGCUGAGGAAGGAGAUGACGGACGGUCUGUCCUCGAGAAUCGAGUGAAGGAGAUGGAAGCCCGGUUCGCGGACGUCAAGGAGAUUCCCCUGCCGCCAUUCUGGGGUGGAGUCCGACUUGUUCCAGAGUCCGUAGAGUUCUGGCAAGGUAGAAAGAGCAGGUUGCACGACCGCUUCAGGUACGUCAGGAAACACAGUACCGAUGAGAUGGACGGCAAUGAGAAAACCUUCAAAUGGAAAGUAGAACGACUCUCUCCAUGAGACCUGAUAGACAGUAAAACCAGAGAGACGGAGGUGUCAUUGCUUAGAGAUAUAAAAUAUAUUGUAAUUUGGCUCCAAUCGGGAGUAAUAUUAAAUUCAAUAAUA